AUGCUCGACGCGCUGGGCGUGCGUCAGGGCCGCACCGGCUACUGGUGGCGGCGCCACGGCUACGAGGAGCCGGGGCUACUGAGCUGGGUGCCGGGCCGGCCCGACCACGUGCCCGAGACCCUCAUCAAGUCGGAGCAGAGGCUGGAGGAGGGCACGUGGCCGCAGAACGGCGCGCAGGAGAUCCAGGUGAACCUGGAGCGCACGGACACCAUGUCGCUGAGGGUGUGGCUGUCGGUGGUCUCGGACACGAGCAUCAACCCGCUGCUGAUGCGGGGCGAGAACCUGCUGCAGCGGCCCGGCAACCGCAUCAUCGUGUCGUGGCGGCCCGAGGAGGCGGCGGCGCGGCUGGGGCUGGCCAUGUGCAGGGACGCGGCGCAGUCGCAGUGCCACGUGCUGCUGCUGUUCGGCUUCAACGGCCGCCUCGGCUUCGCCUUCAAGAGGCACUCGUUCCAGGAGGCGGGCGCGUCGGGCUGGGUGGCGGGCCGCAACGACCGCAUGCCCGCCACCGUCCUGCGCAGCGACCCCGGCGUGGAGGGCUGGCCGCUGGGCGGCCGCCAGCCCCUGCAGAUCGUGGUGGACCGGUCCGUGCCCGGCGGCGUGCAGGUGUGGGUGGAGGGCGGCGAGACGCUGUCGCUGCAGCUGCCCGACCAGUACUCGCACUUCACCGUGUCCUCGCUGGACGAGCACGGCGGCACUGCCGAGGUGGAGGGCGCCCCCGCGCACCCGCAGCAGCAGCAACCCGACCUGAGCUUCGGCCAGGGCGACUGCGUGCCCUCCAUCCGCGGGCACAUGGCGCGCGGCCAGCAGAUGCUGCUGGUGUGGGAGCCGCGCGCCAGCCACGGCAACCUGGGCGUGUCGUUCUGCGUGGACGCGUCGCAGGGCGACUGCUUCGUGCUGGACAUGUACGGCUUCCGCGACCGCCGCCUCGCCUACUCCUGGCGGCACCACAGCGCCCUGGAGGCCGGCGUCGGCGCCUGGGUGCCGGGCCGCGACACGCUGGUGCCGGAGAACCACCUGCAGACCGACGCGGAGGUGGAGCCCGGCUGGCCGGGCAACCCCUCGCAGUUCCUCAUGAUGGUGACCGUGACGGCCGCCGGCGUGGUGGAGCUCCGCGUCGACGGCCUGGACCCCGGCCAGACGCGCCGCCUCAAGUUCUCCCUCCCCGAGGGCCACACCAGCAUGGCCGUCUCCUCGCCGCAGCACACCGGCGAGUACAGCAUCCGAGGCCCCUGCUUCAACGGCUUCAAGUACAAGUGGUCCAGCCUGCUAUGCAACAUCCCCGACGCCGCUUCGCUGGCCGUGGAGCAGAGCGAGCUGCAGUCGGCGUGGACGCUCAAGGCGCGCUCGGCGCACGGCCAGAUGCGCUCGCCGGCCAUGUCGGGCGACGACGGCGAGAUCUGCAUCAGCAUGGAGGUGCUCACGGUGGGCAGCGCGCGGCUCACCAUCACGGUGGAGGACAUCGAGGGCAACGCGCAGCCCGUGCGCCUGGCCGAGGUCGUGCCGCAGGACACGUCGAAGGGCGAGUGGCAGCGGCUGCAGAAGACCACCACACUGCCCGAGGCGAUGCGACGCAGCCAGGUCCGCGUCGUGGUGGCGGGCGACCAGGUGGACGGCAGCGGCCUGGUGCUCGUCAAGACCCUCAGCUUCUGCAACCCCCACACGUGCGGCGUGGCGCCCCAGAACGUGGUGCCGCUGAUCGCGCACGGCAGUGUGGCCAAGAUCGGCGACUACCCCUGGUUCGCCGGCAUCUUCAGCCGCGACGGCGACUCCUGGGACUCCAUCUGCGGCGGCACGCUGGUGCGCCCGGACGUCGUCGUGUCAGCCGCCCACUGCUUCUUUGACGAGAGCAGCUGGAAGACCUACGACCAGGACAGGUUCAGGGUGUCGGUCGGCAAGUACACUCGCGACUGGAACGUGCAGGAGGCGGGCGAGCAGCGCAGCGCGGUGCUGGGCAUCAUCAUCCCCGACCGGUACCGCGGCAGCAAGCGCAUCUACGAGCACGACAUCGCCUUCCUCCGGGUGCGCUUCGUCGUCACCGCCCUCGUGCUGCCCAUCUGCGUCGACUUCAAGGACCAGUUCAGCCUCAAGGCGGGCGACGUGGGCGUGGUCAACGGCUGGGGCUUAACGGAGAACAAAGCCACCAGUCCCAAGCUGCAGUUCGCCAAGAUGCCAUACAUCCCCUUCAACGAGUGCAUCAAGUCUGUCCCGGACAGCCUGGCCAGGUACCUCACGGGGGACAAGUUCUGUGCCGGCAACAUCAACGGCUCGACGGUGUGGUCCGGCGACAGCGGCGGCGGACUGUCCUUCGCCAAGAACGGCCGCUGGUUCCUGCACGGCAUCGUGAGCGCGGGCGUGCCGGGCAAGCUCACCUACAGCCUCUUCACCGACAUGCACCGCUACCUCGACCUGCUCAAGAAAGUCUUGUCAUCGUGAAGCGACCGUCGUCGUCACAUGGACGAGAAAACAGUUCAAUGUCGCCAGGAAAGAGUCUGUUUUUCGUCAUUGUUUUGUUUGAAAUGCUUUAUUUGAGAGUGGAACUCGUUUGUAGCUUAAGUUUUAAAAUUAUUUAUCGACUUGAGUGGCAUCAGUUCCCCUGUCGCGGGGCUUCGUCCAGAGAGAAAGACUGUACACUGUACGUGAAACACAAGCUGUUGUAAUUUAAUUUAUCUAAUAGUGCCAAAUAAGCUAUUUUUCCCAGUGUGGACGGGAGCAGCACCGACUCUGCACAAGAAUGUCAGUAACUUUUGGCGUUCUGCUGAACACUUGUUGGGGCAAGACUUCUUGUGCUGCGUGGUUUCUGAGAACCCAAUUCCUGUUGCAGAUGCCAGCAAACUUUUGUAAAUAACGGUACAAUAAAACUAUUAUUUUUUAAGAAAAA